CCAACCUAGUGGCUUUGCCUCGUGUUCUUGUUCUGACUGCAUUUGUCCCAUUGUUUCCCUUUCACAGGAGACACUGGAUUUAAACCGUAGAACCCCCCCGUGCUUUGGGAAGUUUGCAGAGAUGGAAAAAAUGGCAAACAUGCGAGCUGAAAUCAAUGAGAUGAAACUGAAAACUGAAGUCUUGCAGUUGGAGAAGGAGACAGCAGACAUUACUCACCCUUUUUACUUAGGCAAAAAGAAUGAGAUUAUGCAAGACAUGAACAGACACUUGGAAGCCGUACUGAAAGAGGAGAGGGCUCUUAGAAAGAGAUUGCUGAAGCCCAGAUGUCAAGAGAGUCUUCCUAUUGAGGCUACUUUCCACAAGGAUAUAGUAGAGUUGUUGACCGAGGCUGUGACUUUCGUUGAGAAGCUUGAAAACCAUUUGCAGGCCAUUAGAAGCAUCCCUCAGAUACCAAACAUGGUGAAUAAUAUGGAUACUGCUCUGACAAAAACAGAGUUGCUCGUGAUAGAAUUGGAGGAACUGACAGAGCAAAUACUGAAAUGGAGAGAACUGCAGAGAACUUCCAACGUCAUCAGCAGUACUGCUGAAUUGGACUUUGGCUUAUCUGUAACCUAA